GGUCCAGUCAUUCUGAACGCAAUCGUCCGCCGCGUCCUGGUCGCCAGAGUAUUUAAGGCCCCUCGAUGCGAUGUCGACGACAGACUUGUGGACACCACCAGUGACGCCACAAGAACCGAAGCUGCGGGGACGACCACAAUGCUGCGCUUAUCGCUGUUGCUGCUAGGACUGCUAGCGGUGGUAGCCAUGUGUGCUCCACCUCUUGACAUGGCGCCUGCUGAUGCACCACCACAGCCAGAAGGGAAUGGAGAAUCCCUGAACACCGCCGAAUCUGCAUGGGGCGGCUGGGGAGGCGGCUGGGGCGGUCGCUGGGGAGGCGGCUGGGGAGGCUGGGGCGGCCGCGGCUGGGGAGGCGGAUGGGGCGGCGGCCGCUGGGGAGGCGGCUGGGGCGGUCGCUGGGGUGGUGGCUGGGGGCACUGGGGCUGAGCUGUCUCUUCCCGUCCUCACACCUGCUGCACCGUGACGUCACCGCCUGUAACCUGUCAUGCUUCUUAUCUCAAUAAAGUUCUCAUCAUAUAAACUA